GGCUGCGUGGGCAGAACAAGUGGUGGUAACAUAAGCUCGGUGAAGUCUCUUUUUACUGUCUACGGGUUGAGCGCAUAGCGUGCUGCUGUGUAGUGUGAGUGUCUGCCAUCAAGUCCUACUUCUUUCUUGAUUGAGGAAGGAUAAGACAUGUGCGAGGACAUCUGAGGGGCUGCUUAGCAGGCUCUGAAGCUCAGAUAAAUUCAUUCACUCUGGAUUUAGGCGUAUUGGAGGUCAAAACGAGUUGAAAAGAUGAUUCUUGCCACAGCCCAACGCGCAACAGCGAGUGUGAUAAACGCCUUACUACCUUACAAUGGAGUCGUCGAAGACGGAUUUAUGCAAUGCAUUCGUCGAGAAAAUGAGGACUCUGUGUCACGGCCCUUGGCUAACAAUAUGAAAGCCACUGACUUUGCCAAUGGAAAGGACAUCAACCGAGCGUCUCGUCCAACGGAUCUGGGGCGUAUAACGACGCGAAGCAAUGCUUUCUCGAGUCGUUUUUCCGGAAGUUCACAAGCAGGAGGAUCACAGGCCUCCUCUCCCGAGUCUUCCCAGGACGUAGACUCUUUGGCCGAGGAUUCAAUUAAUUCUCAGUUGGUAAAUGAUACAAGGAACCUUGUGGAAGUUUUCUUUCGCAGUUACAGCGGGCUCAAACAUACACGGUGUUCCCAGCCGAAGGCGCUAGCCACCAUGGACCGCCUUGUGAAGAGCCUAGUCGUAAAGCACGAACUUGUAUACAAAGGCAUGAUCAACAGACUUAAUUUUGAUGAGCGAGGGGAUGACAUGAGCUUCAUCUCCAGUGUAGCCAAAGACAUGUUCAGUGAUGGCAAAACUAACUGGGGGCGGAUAGCCAGCUUGUUUUCCUUCGGUGCAGUGCUGUGCAGUCAUCUGAAAUCCAGGGGACAGGAGGGCUCGAUUGAAGAAGUGGGCAAUCUGAUCUCUUCUUAUCUGCUCUCAGACCAACUGGACUGGAUGAUCAACAACAAGGAAUGGGAAGGAUUUGUGGAGUUUUUUCAUGAGCAGGACCCAGAGUCUGCUGUGAGGGGAGCACUCACGGUGAUUGCAGGAAUGGCUGGGAUUGGAGCAGGGCUUGCAUUUCUCAUCAGAUGAAUGUAUUUUAAUCGCAAGAGAUCGCAAGAGAUGAGUAAACCAUGAACAUGGGCACAAUUUCUCAGGACCAGAGAACCUCUGUGUAAAUGAGUCACAUGAUGACUGCCUUUAUGUUGAACAUUGACUGAAAGGAGCAGUUGGAGUGGAUUUUGGACUGAGAAUCAAACAUUUGAACAUUUACAGAGGACUAACUAUUGCCUAUUAGAAUGUUGUAAUAUAGAGAUAUUUAUUUUUAUAUUAAAUAUUUUCUGGAAAAACA